AUGGGCGCCUGCGUAUCGUCUCCAUACAUAGCAACGAGACCGUCUUCAAAGACGAUAAAAGUGAGGAGAAAGCGGGUCGGACGGGCCAAGAAGCGCCACCUCAGCGAUGGGAAUAGGAAAGGGAAUAGUGAUGUGGGACGUGUGGCCAUGACCGAAUAUGUUCACACCACGACAACUACUUGCAGGCGCUCAGCCGUCUCAAACUCUACCUUCCAUCUCACUCAGUUGCAGUGGCAGAUUGAUUCCAAUGGAAUUUACCAGGAAGAAUCAUGGUUUGACACGCUUAGCAUACUCGACUCUGACGUUGAUGACGAUUUUAUAAGUGUACAUGGAGAUUUAUUUCCCGAUAUUGCAACUGGGCAAGUGCUCCAAUACGAAACCUCGUCAUGCUUUAUGGACAACAAGUGUAAUUUCAAGGAGUACCAUGAAAAGUACCUGAAAAUCGACAACAACCAAACGGGGGAGAUCUUCUUGAGCAAAGACCGGGUCUCGGAUCCCAACAGUUUCUUGUUAACAGACGCACAACAGAAAGAGCUCCCAAGCCUUGUAAUGAAGGAGGAAAAGAAAAAACUCGACAAAGUCUUUUUAAGCUUUAAUGGCAUGAGGGUUGAAAAGAGUUCUGUUGAGGAAGUGAAUCAAGGUACCCUGUUCAAGUCCGUCUUGCCUCAUAAAGUCCCAUCCUUGAGCUUCAAUGACAAGAUCUUCUCAACCAUGAGCUGGGACCCACAGUCCCAGAAGAAGCCGUCCACGGUGAUAAGGCUCUCUAUCACGGGAAAAUCUGUCGAGGAAAACGAAAUAAAAGAAUUUCGUACGUCGACACAGUAUCUUUACCGUCCUAGAGCUGGCCUACUCAUCCCAUGCUCGACCAAUGGGAAACCAACACCUGGCACUUGGUCCGUGAUAGAGCCUUCGACCUUCAAACUUCGUGGAGAGAGCUACUUCAGAGAUAAGAAGAAGUCUCCUGCUCCUAACGUCUCUCCUUACACUCCAAUCGGUGUUGAUUUAUUUGCUAGUCCAAGAAAGAUCAACCACAUUGCUCAACACCUUGACCUUCCUCCCUUGGAAGAAAAUGAAAAAGCACCUUCUCUUCUAAUUGUCAACAUUCAGCUUCCCACUUAUACACCUCCAAUGUUUCUUGGUGAUGGUGAUGGGGAGGGCUUGAGCCUCGUCCUUUACUUUAAGCUCUCUAAUACUUUCGAGACUGAUGUAUCUCCCCACUUUCAAGACAGUAUAAAGAAGUUUGUGGAUGAUGAGAUGGAAAACGUGAAAGGGUAUACAAAAAGUUCUUUUGUGUCCUUUCGGGAGAGGUUAAAAAUCAUGGUUGGGGUGGUAAAUCCAGACGACCUCGCCUCGACUGUCACAGAGAGAAAGCUUUUAGCUGCGUACAAUGAAAAGCCAGUCCUUUCCCGACCUCAGCACGACUUCUAUGAGGGUCCCGGUUACUUCGAGAUUGAUCUUGACAUUCACCGGUUUAGCUACAUAGCAAGAAAGGGGCUCGAAGCCUUCCGUGAACGUUUAGGCAAUGGAAUUCUCGAUCUCGGCUUGACAAUUCAGGCGCAAAAGCCGGAAGAACUACCAGAGGAGGUUCUCGCGUGUGUGAGAUUGAACAAGAUUGAUUUCGCGAACUAUAACCAAAUACCAAGAAUUGUGAGGCUUGAAGAUGAUUGA